CCAUUUUCAUUUCCCCCUCUCUCGCUCAGAUUAAACAGGUUCUUCCGCAAAGCUGUCGUUUGUCGUUUACUGUACUUGAGAGAUGUGUAUUGCAUAUGCUGAAGAGUAGCAUGAAUAGAUAGUAUUGUAUCUGUGAUUUGGAACUUGACUAGUCGGAAGCGAUUUCAACAUGGUCACAGCGAUUGUUGUAAAGUUGGAGCUGGGCCAUAUCGCAAAAGCUCGGGAUCUGCCAACUUUUUCUGGCCACACACAUGACUGGAUGGUAUUUGUUAAAGGAGCAGAGGGAACCGAUAUUGCACAUUUUGUUGAAAAGGUUGUGUUUUGGCUUCAUGAAUCUUACAAUCCACCGAAAUGUGUUGUAAAACAACCACCAUAUGAAGUACGUCAAACCGGCUAUGCGGGGUUUAAAAUAUUAAUUGAUAUUCACUUCAAAAACAAGUCAGAGCCUAAAUCUGUACAAUUCCAAUACAACAUGUUCCUUCACAUGGAAAACAUGCCUCCUGUCAAUCAUACACGAGUUGAAAUGCUUACGUUUACUAAUCCUGCUGAAGAUUUUCGCUCCAAACUGUUGUGUGCUGGAGGUGUUUUGAAAAAUCAAGAUUCUUUAGACGUUCAACCAAAGGAAAAGAAAAGUUCGAAGGAAUCCAGAUAUGGUGAGGAAUCCCAUAAAAGUGGACACAAAAGCAAAGAAAAGUCAAGUGUAAAGAAUGAAAAGUCUAAAGUCAAACACUCAAAAAAAGAAGAUAAAAGGAGAAAUAGUAUAGAUGAAAAUGAAUUUGUUCGUAAAAGAAAAGAGGAUUCAAAACCAAAGCCGAGUUCAUCUACUGUGUCUAACACAGAUAAAAAGUCAAAAGAGAAAGUAAAUAAAUUGAAGAUCAAAGUUGAACAGUCUGCGGGUCCUGGUUUAUUCUCAAGAGAGGAAAGCAUAAAUAUGAAACAAAUCAAGAAAAAGGAUAAAAAAGAAGAUAUUAAAAUUGAAAAGGAAAAAAGGUUUACUCCAGAACAUAAAAUAAAGAAAGAAGCAAAAGAACAUUCAGAUAAAACAACGGAAAACACAAAACACAAGAAAAUCUCCCCAGAAAAGAGUAAACAAAAACGUUCAUCAGAUUUUAAAGUAAAGAAGAGAAGAACUAUGUCAUCCUCAGGUAGUGACAUGGACAUACCAAGGCAAACAGUUACCCCUCCAGUGCGGUCUGAUCAAGACCUAAAAGAUGAAAGAACAAUUAAAAGACAUAAGAAAGACAAGUUAAAAGAGCUGAAAAAAUCAGAAAAAAAAUCAAAAAGGUCAUCUACUCCUCAGCGUGAAAGGAAAGUUUCUCCUUUACCAUUGCCACAGGUGUACAGUAGUAACACAUCAGUUGACAUGGAGAUAUCUAAGACACCACCAAGAGGAAACAUGAAUCAGUCUUUAAAAUCCUCAAAAUCUUCAUCAUCCCACCAAACAAAAAAGCAGAAGACUUCGAAAGCUUCUGAAAAUACAAGAGUCACUUCUUCUGGUGUCAAAAUCCACAUUAAAGAUGUCAAGAAAAAACGAUCUCCUGAAGCCUUACGUAGAAAGGAUACGUCUUCUCACAAAUCCCAUUCAAAUAAAGUCUCAAAUGCAAGUUUGGAGAGACAACCUACCGCCAAGGUUAUUCAGCAACAACAUGAUUCCUCCACCUCAUCUUCAGAUACCGACUCCAGUGACAAUAACGAACCAGUGAAGCAAUUUGUACCAAGUCCAGUUGCUUCUCCUGCCUCUUCUUCUUCCUCUUCACUUUCUCCGGUACCAUCUCCCAUUCAUUCUGUUCCCAACCUCCUGCUUCCUCUUCCUAAAGAAGACGAUGACUCGAAUAGUGAUUCAAUGGAAGAUUUCAACACUGCCUCACCAAUACAUCAACCUCCAGCUAGAGAAAACAAGAACGUUCAUGAAGGCCAAUCUCCAAUGUCUAGUGACUCUGAUGAAGCUGUUUUCCACAACUCACCACUACGUUACUAUAACAACGAAGAGUCAGAGUCCCACGAUGAAGAAAAACGGUUUCCACCAGAGCCUGCUAAAAAGCGAAGAGAUUCUGUGGGAUUGGAGAGAAAGUUUCCUGUGGUUACAGUUGGAGUGGGCAAAGAAUUGCGGACCUAUCCUGGUCUAACUCAAGAAAUGUUUGAAAAAUUACGCGAAUUGCAGAGUGUUAUAGCUGCCGUAACAGACCAAAACCGAUUGAAAGAGAUUUUGUCGAUUGUGCGGAAUUCCGGCAACUUUUCGAUGGUUGGUGGUGCAGUUGAUUUUGAUUUAUGUUCGCUGGACCGUAAAACAAUUCACAAAAUUCAAAAACAUCUAAAAGUGUCUUAACCGUUGGAAACACUGCCUGUAAUAACAGCGUCCCGCAAUUGAAUUAUAUUUGUAUCUAUUUGCGUGCAUUGCUGUAGUUUUAAACUUUAUAAAGCAAACGUUCUUGUACAAUCACGCCACAUACUGCCAAACAAUAAUAUAUUGUGAAACACCAUAACGGCAACGUAUAACGAGUUUUUGGAACCUUCUGUAGCAAAACCAAUAAACAAGUAUUGUUUUGUGCGAGUUUA